AUGGGGGCCGGCGGGGCCAUGGGGGGCCGCGGGCUGCUGCCGGUGCUGCUGCUGCUGCUGCUGCUGCUGGGCGCCGCGGGGCCGCUGCUGCUGCAGGCGGAGCCCGUGAGCGCCGAGCGGAGCCUGGCGUGGGGCCCCGGGCUGGACGCGGGCAUCACCGUGCCCGUGCGGUACUUCUACAUCCAGGCGGUCAGCGCGGCCGGACGGAACUUCUCCCGCUCCCCGCCAGGAAGAACACAGUUCAAAGUGGUAAUUAAAGCACUUUCUCCAAAAGAAGUAACCAGAAUUUACACCCCUCGGCCUUUGGAUAGAAAUGAUGGUACAUUCCUUAUGCGGUAUCGGAUGUAUGGAAGUGUCACAAAAGGCUUAAAAAUUGAGAUAUUUUAUGGUGAUCAGCAUGUGGCUCAAUCACCUUAUAUUUUGAAAGAACCAGUUUAUCAUGAAUACUGUGACUGUCCUGAAGAAGACCCUGAGAUCUGGCAGGACAUGAUGUCCUGUCCAUCCCAAGAGCCUCAGAUUACAGAAGACUUCAUUUCGUUUCCCACCAUUGACCUGCAGCGAAUGCUUAAGGAAAUGCCAGCAAAGUUCAGCCAAGCACGAGGUGCUAUUGUUCAUUACACCAUUCGGGAUAAUCACAUCUACCGGCGCUCCUUGGGGAAGUACACAGAUUUCAAAAUGUUCUCCGAUGAAAUGCUCCUGUCACUGGCCAGGAAGGUUCGUCUUCCUGAUGUGGAGUUUUAUCUCAAUGUUGGAGACUGGCCGGUUGAGCAUCGGAAAGCUAAUGAUACACCUGGGCCCUUACCUGUCAUCUCCUGGUGCGGCUCUCUGGAUUCCAGAGAUAUCGUCCUGCCGACGUAUGAUGUAACCCACUCAACUCUGGAAACCCUGCGUGGAGUCACCAAUGAUCUCCUUUCCAUUCAAGGAAAUACAGGCCCCUUCUGGGAAAACAAAACUGAGCGGGCUUUAUUUAGAGGUCGAGACAGCAGAGAAGAACGUCUCCAUCUUGUCAAGUUAUCCAAGGAAAAUCCAGAACUACUAGAUGCUGGAAUAACUGGAUAUUUCUUCUUCAGAGAAAAAGAAAAAGAGCUGGGGAAGGCUCAGCUGAUGGGCUUCUUUGACUUCUUUAAGUACAAAUACCAAGUGAAUAUAGAUGGCACUGUAGCAGCUUACAGGUUUCCAUACCUCUUGCUGGGUGACAGCCUUGUAUUGAAGCAAGAUUCCCAGUACUAUGAACACUUCUAUGUUGGAUUAAAACCUUGGAAACAUUAUGUUCCAGUUAAGAGAAACUUAGAGGACUUGCUAGAGAAAAUAAAAUGGGCUAAGGAAAAUGAUGAGGAAGCAAGAAAAAUUGCUAAAGAAGGACAACUAAUGGCAAGAGAAUUACUUCAGCCUCACAGGUUUUACUGCUACUAUUAUAAAGUGCUCCAGAAAUAUGCCGAACGCCAAGCCAGCAAACCUGAAAUACGGGAUGGAAUGGAACUUGUACCUCAGCCUGAUGACAGGGACUCAGUGUGCAGUUGCCACAGGAAAAAGCCUUUAAGGGAAGAUCUAUAACUGUACUGGAUGGAGAAAAUUACCCACUUAAAAUGCGAGACUAGGAAUUAAGCUGUGAAAUCUAAGAUUCUUAUGCAGUAGCAGGCAUUAUUAGUUAUUCUUCUUAUAUUUUCAUACUCUUUUCCUGCUCAUUCUGAUCUACAAUGUUGGUUCUUACAGUUUUGGCUCCAUGACCACCACCAGACAGACACUGAGCCUGCAGUGGGGAGUGUCUAGGGGAUUUGUUUGAUGUACUGCAUCAUCAGAAGGCAGAGCACAGAGCUGCUCGUGUUCCAGAUGGGACCUAUUAACCGAAGCUUUGUGAGGAACUAGUCACCACAAAACGUCUUGCCAUGAGUCAGUUCAAGUUUUUUAAAGGAGCAUUUGUGAUACAUUGAAACAGUGUUAUGAUUUCUUCAUAAAGUUUACCUCAGUGUUAGAUUGUUUCUUGUAUGCAAAACAAUUUUCGAACUAGACAAAGAAAAUGAAUAUUUGAGAUGUAAUGGUAUCAGAUCUGGUCAUGCUUUCAGAUUAUUUUGUGGUUUCUGACAGGUGACAGACAACAUGAUAUAACCCUCAUCAAUUUUAGAGGGAAAUGGAGAGCAGGGGGAGAGAUUAGAAAAAUAAGUUUAUAAUCAUCAUGGCUGCGAAUCACCAGAAUUAAAUGCUGCUUUAAAACAGACUCUGUAGCUAUCACAGUCACAAUGCUUUGCGUGCCAAAUCACCACUCUGAAAACCUGUUCCCUGCCAGUGACUGUCUGUAAAUGUAGGCACAGAUCCACAAAUGGACUUGGGAAUUUCAGGCCAUGGGCAACACUGGUGUCUUAGUUCAACAAUACUGUCCACAGUAUUCUGGACUAUGUGAAAUCUGAAAUUUCAACCACCUAGGUUUAAUUCUUGUGUAAUAGUCUAGGGUUUAGAGUCCAUGUAAAGCCAUUUUUUCCAGAGGGUGUCUUAGCUCCAGACUGGACAAGAGGUUUUCAGGUCUUCUGCUGAAGUUCAUGUGCAGCCAUGAAGCUAGCAAUGCAAAAUUCACAAGGGCAGAAGGAUCUGGUCAUACCUUUGUGAUAAAGUCUGCCUUUGGAUGGGGCAGGAGAAGAAUCCUAGUCCUGGAUGCAACUCCAAAUACCUCUAUUGAUUUUUGCCUAAGUUUGUCUGCUUCAAAAUGCAUGAAUAGUCCUGGAAGGAGACAGCAAUACCAAGACCAGUGCCCACAAGCACCCAUUUCUGUGUUUUCAUCUUGGCUAAUGCAGCUUUCCUGAGCAGCUCCUGACUCACUACAGUCAGAUAAAAACUGUCAUGAAUACUAAAUUCUCCCUACACUAAAAAGAAUGGAGAUGUCUUCAAGACAGUGGAUUUGUCUUACUGAUUCAGUGCACAAAAUUCAGUGCUCUACAUGUCAUGCAGGCUUCAUUCUUGGUUCUACACUGCAAAUUACAUAAAAUUUCUGCAUUAGAACAGGAGGAAAGACAGUAUGCUAAAUAUGGGAAGAACUUUGGCUUUCUAAAGAGGACAAUGCAGCUGUCCACCAGUCAUUUGUUACAUUAUGCUGGUUAAGAAAAAUACCUGUAUCAUGUUGCUCUACUCAUAAUCUUCUUUGCUCGGGUUCUAACACUCAUUUAUAGUGGAUGUAUUCUUAUUUAACAUGAAAACCAGUCC